AAAACAUUUGAGGGUGAGAAAAAACGUUCAGAAAAUUGGUCGGAGGAGAAGAUUUCAGUUUUAAUUGAAAUAUGGCGGGAAAAGAUAGAUGAUUUACGUCGAGCGAAACGAAAUAAAAGUGUAUAUGAGGCAAUGGCGGCAGAAAUUCGUCUUCGGAGGCCAACCUCCAGAGCUAGAACGUGGUCGGAAGUAAGGACGAAAAUUAAAAAUUUAACUGCCAAAUACAGAGAAGAAGUAACGAAGAUUGGGCAUUCGGGAGGCAGCCCAUCUACCUGGCAAUAUUUCCAGGCAGUUAAUAGCAUUAUAGGACAUCAGCCAGCCCAGAAUAUAGCAUUAAUCGAAGAGAGUUGUAGCAAUGUGUUACCAUCACUCGAAUUGGAUACAGAGAACGAUGAAAAUUCGAAUGAAUUGAUAGAUGUACCAGUACCAGAACGACUUGAACCCGAAAUAAGGGUGACAAGGUCAUCAAAGAAAAAGAAACGGCCACUGGAACGGCAAAUAAAUGAAUUAUUAAGUGAAAUUAAAAGGAGCAAUGCCAUUUCUGAGGAAUUGGAAAGGAAAUCUAUAAAAAUUGCAGAGGAAGGACUGCAACUAGAGAGAGAGAGUAUAGAAUUGCAAAAGGAGUUGUUAUCUAUAAUAAAAAUGUCUAAUUAAAAUUUGAAUGUUUAUGAUUUGAAAUAAAAAUCAUUUUUAUUGUAUAUGAUUGUUUAUUUUCCUCAAUUGAAAAUACAUAUUUGAUGAUUGCAGGAGGACUGCAGUUAUAAAGUUUAUUUUCCUGACUUUAUAAAUGAAUAAAACUACAAACACUAGACAAAAUUUCAGUCAAAGUAAUUUAUUUCAGCUUAAUGUUUGAGUAUAUAAAUUUUAUAACAGUCUCCUGAUUUUCAAGAGCUUGUUUAAAAAGAAUACAAGGAGUUUCAUUUAACACUCAAGUUAUGAGGACU